AUGUUGAAAGAGUUCUAAAAGACCAGGUAAUUCAAAAUUGGAGGCAGAAUAUUUCAUCAAAACCUAAGGGCGAUUUUUAUCAUUACCUUAAACCAAUUCCAAAGUUUGAAACCUAUCUUUUUCUAUCUAAAACAGUAUCUGUUCCGGUUUUAAAAUUCAGAACGUCAAAUCAUAACCUUCUGAUUGAAACUGACCACUGGAUUGGUGUACCCAGAGAAGAAAGAAUUUGUCCAUUGUGCAAUUCUCCUACAAUUGCAGAGGAGUCUCAUUUUAUGUUUAAAUGUGAAGUUUUUAACGCAAGAUCAAUCUCAACUUAUUCCCCAAAAAUUAUAUCACAACGAUUAAGAAAGUAAUUCUGUUUAAAAGUUACACCAAUUUGUAUGUAAUAUCUGUAUUUCUUGAUAUAUUUUCCAAGUGUUUAUGUGUUAACUUUAUGAAUCAACGUACAUUCCCUCCAACUCCAUCUCGUUAUUCACUAUAUAUAUUGUUGUAAACUUUUCUAUUCUCUCAGGUACCACUGGUAGUGAUUUUUUAGAAUAAAACUGUCUAUGACACAACCAAAAAUACACACAUUUGUGAUUAAAUAUUAACUAUCUGGAUGACAAAUAUUUUUGGAAAUUGUAUGUACUGAAAUAAUACUUAGGGUGCUCUUUGUAGAUGUCUACAUAUACACGCACACGCACGCACGCACGCGCACACACACGCAUAUAUAUAUAUAUAUAUAUAUAUAUAUAUGGUAGUGGCAAGGACUUGAUUUCCCUUAUUUACAACCCGUUUCCUCUGCUUUAUUCAACUAUGUGGAACCCGUCAACCACGCGUAUGAUACCCUUGGCCAACCCGUCACUUCCUUAUUUCAGACAAAAUGAAUUGAGUUAAACGCGUAAUUAUUCAAUAAAUGAACACUGUUAGGUGAACAAGCUGUUAUACCACAUAUCAACUCAGCUACCAUACAAGACAUGAUGCAAAUUGUAAGUCAGAACAUGAUAUACGUUACCAUACAGAAGCGCAGAAGUAUGGUGAAACAAAUUGGUGCGAUGUAUAUAUCUAUUUUUAUCAGAAUCUAUAAGAUGAACACUUGUAUAAGGAAUUGGUCAGAUACAAUUUGGUGUUACUGAAUGGUUAAACAUAGGCAGAUUAAUCAGAAAUAUAUGUCCCUGUUUAAAAUUCAAGUCACACUGGUAUUUUGAUGUUGUGAUAAAAUUGUGGAUUGAUUUAAGAAUAUUCCUAUAUUCAGAAGCAGAAAAAUAUUCGUUUCCAUUCAUACGCAUUUCCAGCUUGUGACCAUGGGAAUAGAAAUACAUGUUACUUGUAAACAUUACACACAUGAAGAAAUAGUGUAGAAAGUGUUCUGUGUGAUAUCUGCAGGAACAAUCUGGCUGGUCUAAGGUGCAUGGUAGCGUUGAGGUGACUGCAACCGAGUCUAAAGCGGCAGUGCACAAUUUGACAGAAACGAGAUUCAAAACUUAAGGAAAAUCGUGUUUUGUUGUCAAAUCUUGUUAUCAUGUUUUUUUAAAUACAGAGAGUGUAUAGAACGCUUUCUAAUUAUUAGUUAGACAAUGAUAUAAGUGGUUUGUGUCAGGUAGAAACGAUUGGCAUAAGUAACAGUCCUACAGUAAACACCUCGUACUCCAGAAUUGCUGUUUAGGAUGUAGUUUGAACUUUCGGAAACGAAUCUUCGAAUCAAGUCGCAAAGAUAACCUGGUAACAGGUGAUUGAAAAUUCUAAUGAAAGGACUUAGUUUCUGACAGUGCCUUCUAUCUCUUAGUUGCUUCGUUUUGGUGUCGUUAGAAAGUUUAUCAUGACUUGUACCACGAACUGCACCACAGUUGAAAUGAACUUUGACCGAAGCUGAACCCAGAGGUGGUAACCAGGGCAGAUCAUGUUUAUUUCAUGAAGAAAUAUGUUAAAACAUAUUAUGAUAUAUACUUGACCUUUUUUAGAUAUGGCCAUGUAGGAAAUUAUGAUUUUGUUGUUAUCAAUCUAUCUUAUUUAUAUGGCCAUUAAGACUGCCUGGCCAUCUGUUUAUGGUCGGGUACACAGACGUCAAGGGCCGCUAAUAAACCCAGUAAUUCAAAGGUCAUAAUUUUCUUUUAGCUCGCCAUAAAUUUGAUAUUUAAGCAAAAUGUCAAUAACUGAUGAAAGGUACAGGACCCACAUUGACAUGUAAGAUAAAGCGCUUUAAUGACAUCGUACAAAUUAGAAAAGAAAAAAGAAAUGAAAUGGCGCAAUUUUCACUUUUGAAAUGCACAUUUGCAUCAUGACAUUCCGCCCGAUAUUGACGCUGUUGACUCUAUAAAUUUGUAUGCGACACGACAGAUUAUACAUAAAUAUAAUAACAUAAUGACGCAAGUGUAUUGAUUCAUUACAGGCUGUACCUAUUGCGAUGGUGACUACCGUGAACAGAGAAAGGGGCACUUCAUAUCACUAAAGAGCCUUGCACGUUCAGCUCUGUGUCUCCAUCCACUGCCGGCCUCUACAAUACUGAUGUAUGACUGUGGAACAUGCAUUCGGUUUUGGAGGGAUGAAAAAGAUCACAUGGGACCAAACAGUAAUGUAUUCUUCAUUCACCUACACAGGGAAGAGGUUGACGACAGUACAAAGAGGCUGAGUCGAUCUGCAGAAUAUCAGUUCAAGAAGGCUUUAUCUUCAAUGAGAAACUCAGGUGGUGGUGCUCUCUUUGUGCAUACUUGCAAAGGCAUUUUCAGACAUGCAAUGGUGUCAUUUCAACCGACUGUUGACCCAAUAUUCCACUCAAUGUUAACUGACGACGAGAUGAUCUCGGACGGCUUCAGAUGGAAACUUGUAGAGUAUGGAGAUGCACUUUUUCACAAAAUAGAUGUUUUGCCAUCAGAAACGUUUAUAACUGCUGACUUGAAAACAAAGCUGCUUGCUUGGUGCGUAGGUAAACAUGUAUCUACAUCUAUUGAAAAAUUAAGGCCACUUCUGAUGUCUAAACGCAAAGUAUCAACGGCAGAGCCCACUGUACAAGGGUUGCUUCAUAUGGACCAAGCUGAUGUUGUUAAGAUCUAUCUUGACAAGAGUGAUGUCGAUUAUAGCUGCAAUUUCAUGCUGUCAUCUUUUUUUUGCGUAAGCACAUGGGUGAAUAAUAUCAUCAAUGGUUGUUCUCUUCCUGAAUAUGUCACAUCCGUUUCCAAGAGAAAGCAGGGUGGAUCUGUGUAUGUUGGCCAGACAAGUACAAACAGCAAUGUUGAUAUGGAUGGAGUACCGUUUCCCUUUCAAGGAAAUAAACAUGAAUUGCAGAAAAUGCUUUCAAAAGAGCUGCAGAAAGAAAUAGCUGUUUUCAAGAACAGAUAUUCAGAUAUUGCACUUAAGCCAAAAGAUGUGUUUCAGAUUGAAAUCCAUGAUACUGGAACAGACUGCGGCAUCAUUGAGGUCGCGGUGAGACCUGUCAAUGGAUGUGUGUUCACUGAUGCUUUAGGUCCAGCGUCCUUCAGAAUUGAAAACAAAUUCAUGGGCGAAAACCAAUAUAAAACAUUUGUGAGGUUACCCUUUGAUGAGUGGGGGGAAAUGGCCUCAGGCUGCGCUACACUAUGGUCAUUAAACCAAUGAUCUUUCAGGGUCAUGUUGGAUGGACUGAGUCCGUCACAUUGAAGCAUGUUAAUCUUUGUCCUGUGAAGACAGACGCAGUCUAAAUGAAUCACUCUGAGUGAAACAUAGACAAGUAUUUGACCUUGUGUAUUGAGAGGAAGUAACAUAAACAAGCACUCAAUCUUACCGACGCCUUAUCUUAUCCUAGACGUCCUUUCCGAGACUGACACUGCAGUUGAUACCACAAUGGACAUCAUCUGUACAAUGAGUUGUUGAUAUUUACCUGUACUCUAUGAACUUAUUGCAGCAUACAUAGUUGUGCCUUCCAUCUACCAUAUAUACAGACGAUGAUAUGUCCCAGAAGUGUAACUGCAUGCACAUGUAUGAAUACAUAUAAUAUAUUAUGUCUCAUAGUCACAGAUAAUUUUUGUUUUGCAUAGCGUAGGUCGUGUAUUGAAACCCAGCAGCUUUGGCAAUUUUUGGCAAUAUAUAUGUUUCUCGUUCAUUACAAAUUGUGUCUGAACACUGAAUCAAGACACCAGCCAGUACAGUGAAGUGUAAAUACGAACAUUUAUUGCAUGAUAUGAUUUAUUGUAGACUAUCUAGAUGUGUAUUCCAUUGAUCACAUAUAUUUAGAUGGUGAUAUUUUCCUUGACGCCAACUGAGAAUCUAUGAUUGUGUAACCUGUUGUCAUCGAUGAGAAACUUCUUAUGAGUCAUGAACUUUAUCUUACUUAAUUUGUGAACAUUUAAAAUAAAGUGGUUUGUGUCUGCUAUAAAACAUUGCAUAAUGGUUUGAUUUGUUUCACAUGAAAUAGAAUACCUUUUAGAUUUGGUAGAAUUUGAUAACUGAUAAUAUUGGUGGCUAUUGUCUUGAAGUGGACUGAAGUAGUGUAAAAUGACUGUAUCAUCAAUAUGAUAGAUGAGACUUCUUUCAAAGUAUAUUUUUUUUAUAGCAUGAGUUCUGAAAGUCCUCAUGAAGCAUGGUCCAUUUGCAAUGUUUUGCCCGUUUGUAUAUUGCGUUGCCAUUGUUUAUCUGGGUGGUGAUAUCUUUUUAUUCUUCCAUGUUGGUUUUAAUACCAUUAGUAGUUUAUGUAAUCAAAUUCGCGUCCUUAUCAUGUUUUCUUUGCUUUUCUUUUUUUUAUCUAGAUGUGUUUUUUGUUGCUGUAUGGCUUGUUGUAGUAGAUUUAUAUUGAUUUUUUGAUGUUUUUAUUAUUAAGUUUAACUCCUUUUCUAUACAAUCUAGAGGUGUUUUGUUUUCUUGAUUUUGGCUUGUUCUCAUUAUAUUGCUGAUUUAAUCAUAUAUUUUUAUUCAUUCAACUCCCAUCUCUCUAAAGUAUAUCAAUGCAUUUGUCAUAACUGUCAGUUAUCACGUAGCUUUUAGAAUGUCAAUAAAAUUUCAACACUCCAUACAGUACUGAUUUCUCGUGUAGUAGUUUCGACUAGCAACGUAUAUAUAUUUAUUGUUGUACUUCUAAAGGUGCAGCGAAUCAUAUCCACUGUCACUCUCUUAUGUCAGUCAGCUAAAAUUGUUUGAAAAUGUACGGUGUUGGUUUGCUAUCGAAUAGUUGAACAGAAUAUUAGCAACAAAAUAAAUUCUAGAGUGACGAGGAA